UCUCUCUCUCUCUCUCGCUCGCUCCCCUCUCUGUCCCUGCCCCUUCUCUCGGGCGCAAGUAGCCUAUAUUUCCACUCGGGCCUGAUUCUGUGCCUUAUUUAUUCCGGCUCUCUUCGCGUCCCCGCCCAUCCGUGUGCCCGGGAAGCCACCCAGAUCAAGAAAGGCCAGCACGCACACACAAACACACGCAACCCUCAAACCUGAUGAGCAACUUGCUGAGCUUCGUGGAUCAUAGUUCACGGAGUCCGGUCAUGGCAGCGGUUGAGCUGCAGGUGUGUCAUGCGCUGGAGGUUCUUGCCGUGGCUGGAGAUCUUCCCGGGUCGCUGGAACUACUGUCCCGGUUAGCCGGCGGCCCGGCGGGUGGCCAGAUCCGGGGUGGAGUAGCCCGGCUGUCGGCCGGCUCCUUGACGGACCUGGUGGGGCUCCUGGGCCCAACAGCCCCGAGUCGCCUGCAGUCCUGGUUCGCCUCGCGGGGAAUGUCAUGUCAGGCAGCCCGUCUGGCCCUUGAGCAUGGUCACUUUGUACUUGGGGCCGUGCUCCUUCGUCUGGGUCUCAGCUUCGAGGGGAGUGUUGAAAUGCUCAAUCGAGACGGCACAACCGGGCUCUUCCGCUCCUCCCUCGAGGCGUCUCUUCGGAGUGGGGACAGUGUCCUGCCUUUGGCGGCAGACCGGGAGGCCUGGUGGAUGGAUCGCUGUACCGCCGGCCGGACGGAUCUCCUUCUGAUAGAUUCUGCCAUUCGACCGGCCGGGCCAUCCGCCAGGCAGAUCUCCCCCUUUGCAGAUGGGGUCUUGGCGCCGGGGAGGCCUGGGGCCGAGGUCGACAGCACGUCGGAGCCCGAAAAGUCCCUCAUCCGAUCGUUGGCGGUGUCGAUGCAUGUGCGACAAUUUGCCGCCUCGCCCUACCAUGAGCUUCUCCUGAGUCAGGGCGGCCAGGUGUGGUCGCGAGGGACAGCACUCGCAGCGCAAGUGGCCUAUGAUGGGCGCCUGGGCCGGAUGGAGGAGGCCCGCGGUGCGGAUGGCUGGGCGCCAGUCCCCCUUCCCGAGGGGGAGGCGCCCCUUGUGCAAGUGGCCGCCGGGGUCCGGCACUCGGUCUUCCUCUCGGCCGAGGGGGCGGUCUUCGUGUGUGGAUCGCAUGGCUGGGGCCAGCUUGGCCUUGGGUAUCCGCAUGAAGUCUCGAUAGCGGGUGACCCCACUGUUCGGUCAUCUGGCGAUCCGGGCCCCGGAGCCCCGGUCAGUAGUCUGGCAUGUCCGUCCGUGAGUGGCCCACUGGCAGUGCGGCUGGCGGUUCUUCGCCCGCGGCGGCUACUGGCGGCGGCCUUCCGCGGUCGCCGCAUCGCCGGUGUGGCAGCCGGAUCUUGGCAUUCGGUCUUCUUUGCCAGCCCCCUGGCCUGUUCGGGGCUUGGGCCCCGGCCGCCGAGCGAUUCGCAUCCGGGGAUCUGGGCAUGCGGGCGGAAUGUCGGGCAAUUUGGUGCGCAGUAUCCGGCCGCCGGGCAGGGGCCGGGACCUCGAGUUCCAGCAAGCACCGUGGCCCCGGUGUCGCUGGCCCUGCCGGCCAAUGUGACGGCCAUCGCCUCGGUGGCAACUUCCGAUGCGGCCGUGGCCGCUACCAUCCUGCGUGGUGGGACUUUCGAGUGGGUGGUCUGGUCGCGACAUGGGUCUCGCACGAUUCCCCUUCCCGGGGCGUUGUACGGCGCCCCGGCCUGGGUGGCCAGUGCGGCCGGCGUCCGGUCUGACUGUAACGCCUGCACGCUGGGCAAUGACACUCGGUGCACCUGCUCAGGCGAAGGCCCGGGUGUCGGGGGCGACGCGGUGCCCGCGGCCGCGGGAAUCCUCUGUGGAACCGAUCGCGGGGUGUUGUUGAUGCUGCCGCCGCCGCCGCCGCCGCCGCCGCCGCGAUCCGGUGAUGCCGAGGGCUUCGGACGCUUUGGUGGAGGGGCCAUCCACCUGGCCGGGCCUCGGGCAUGUGACACCUCCGACGAGGAGCCCAGCACGGCCGAGCCUUUGGGCGUCGGUAGCUCGGCCGAUUGCUUCGUGUUCGCGGCGGCAAUUGCCCCGGAGGGGGAGGUUUUGCUGCUUGGCUGUGAUUCAAAACCCGGGGCCGUGUCUUCUUGCUCGAUGAGCUGCCCGCAUUUGCCCCACCCGGGGCCGGAUAUGCGGGCCUGGUCGCGUCGCGGCGUGAGAGCCCUUCGUGCGAGCGGCUUGACGCAUGGUGCUCCACCGGGCACCGGCAAAGGCAUGGGCCUUCCGCGGGUGUCUCCCACGGUGUGGAUCUCUGUGUCGGUUCCGGUGACGCGACUGGACGCCGUGGGUCCGAUGCACUCUUUCCGGCGCCGAGGCACCGUGCAAUUUUGGGCACGGGCACAUACCCCGCCGGCGAAGGCUCCGAUCCCGGAGACCCUGCCGCGGCGUUUGUUGUCCGGGAUCCGCGUGUCCGGAGCCGGGGCACCGGCUGGCGAGGAAAGUGAGGAUGAUGAGGGCCUCGUGCGGCCGACCGAUGCGGCCUCGCUGCUGGAUCUCCUCCAGCAAUUGGUUGCCUUCAUCCAAGCGCGCGUGGAGUUCCUCCGGCGGCGUGCCGGGAUGUGGAACUUACUGAAUGCCGAUUGGCUGGGUGAUAGGAGGCCACAGUCGGGCCACUUGCCGCAUGGCAUCUCCUCCGGGUUGGUGACCCUGCUGGCAAAGGCCCCGGGUGGUCGUGCACGUCCACCUCUGCGGGCACAUGCUCCCUCACUGGGGCUUUUGUCCCCGAUCCUGGACGAGACCCGACGCCUGGGCGGCCCUAUUCCCCUGGGGCCGGAUGGCGUGCCCGUGCUAAAUCUUCCGGACCUCUCGGAGGGCUCUUUCGCGGUUCUUGUGGCAUUCACCCAGCUGGCGCACGGGCUCUUCCUGGAUCCCGCUCCGCGGAUUACACGCGAGGACUUUGAUCGGUUCCUGCUCGCGGUGCCCCUACGCCGGCGUCAAACGGGCGACCUGUUGCUCCGGCAUUUUGGCCUCGAGGGCGAGGCUGCUGUGAGACCGUCCAGCGUACUGCAUGCUUCUCCGGCUCCGUCCACCUGCGAGGCCCCGGCCUGGGCCAUGCGAUGUCUCGAUGAUAUGGUUGGCGAAUUGUCCCGGCCAAGCGAGGCGGGAGUUCCGGCCGUGCGCGCGGCCGCUGCCCAGGUGCCGGAAGCAAGGGGGAAUCCUGUUCCGGAGGAGUCUUUCGUCCGGGGGCUCUUCCUGCGGGCCGAGCAGUUUCUUGGGCAAUUCCCCGGGGCUCUGCGUGAUGCGGCCCUGAGCGAGUCAGCCAUCUGGCCUCUGGGCGAGGUCGACGGACCGGCAUGUUACUUUGGGCGAUUUGUCGGCCAGUCGCCUGAAAGUGGUCUUUGUCAAUGCGAGGAGGUGUCUCGGCUGCCGGGGUUGUCGCUGGCUGGGCUCGCUCCCCGGCCGGAUGCCACGCCGAUGGAUGACUUGCUGCUGUUUGCCUUUGACCGGUGGCUGCGUCCGGGCUUGCUGCAGCUGGCGCGCCUUUCCGGCCUGAGCCGGUGUCUGUGGUGCCAUUUGGAGCUGGUACUGCACCAGCUCCGGGCGCUGGGCGAAAAGGCUCCCCCGAUGCCAAAGGCCCUCACUGUGCACAUCCACCCGGAGGACUCCCCCGACGGCGGGGCACCCUUUGAUCGACUUUUGUUGUCGGCAAUGGCUCCGGGACUGAGCCUGCAUGUGGAGCUUCAGCCACGCGGUUCCGAGCAUACCUAUGGGAUGGCUUUGCCGGGGUCGAUUCUCCAGGCGGUUCGACAGUUCCUCGCUACUGGUAGGCUGAUGUUGCCGUUGGAAAAUCUCCUGCCCGGGGAUGUUGUCCUGGAGGCCGACUUGCCUGGGGAAAUGGGCGCUCUUUUGGCAAGUGCGCGGCGUGUGUCGGUCGAGCAUUUUCUCGGGGCAUGGCUGCUGCUGUUGGCGGGAGCAGCGCGAGCGAUGGCUUGCGACAGCUUGCUGGCCGUCUGCGACCGUAUCUUGUCGGAUUUCUGUACCGGGCCCGGGGAUUCGCCGAUUGCCGAGGCAGCAGCAUUCAUUCCGCUGCCGGACACCCGCCGUGCGUGUGUCGGCGCUCUUCCGGCGGCGGUGGCCUGGCAGGCGUUGCAGGGCGAUUUGGCGGCGCCCCUGCUCCUGGGGGUGGGGGAAUACCGCGAGGAGAUGGACCGCCGGGAACGCAUCGGUGCCGAGGCUUUGUCAAUGUUGGAGGCCCGGCGACGUGUGGACCAGCUGGAAACACUGGCUUCGCGGGGGGAUUUGUCGGUGGCCGACACAGCACGGGUGCGAAGCACCCUGCUUCGGGCCAUCGGCAUGCUGAUCAGUGGUGGGCCCCAGCCACUGGACCGGGAGAUCUUUGUCGAGGCCUUCUCCUUGGAUGAUGUCGGCACUCGCGGAGAGGAUGUUUUCGGCAUGGGGGCGCGCUUGCUGACCGAGAGUCGACGGGCGGGCGGGCGAUCGGGGGAUUUGGCCGCCCGACUACUGGCCCCAUUGCCGCUCGUGGGAACACUUGAAGAGCGUGUGGCUGCGGCCACAUGCCACCAGGGUCUCAUUUUGCGGGAUACCCUGGCCGCGUUGGACUCCCUUGGACAGUCGCCCAUUUUGGCCGGGGGCGGAUCCCGGCGCGUGCGGGCUGGCUCCGCACGCGAGGCCCAUCGGCCGGCGCGCGAGGCGGAUUCAACACCGGCCAAAGUGCCUCCCCUGUCGCGAGCGACUCCCCCGGUGGCAAGCCAGCCGGAGCAGGUCCCUGCCAGCCGGAGUACCUCGCAAUCUCCCUCCCCUCCGCCGGCCGGUGACGUCAUGCCGUCGGCCCCUGUGCAGCCUUUCAAGAAGCUGAGCCAACGUCAGCAAAAGCGCUUACAGGCUGAGGCUGCGGCGGUUGCGGCGGCAUCCGGCCCAUCAAGCACCCAGCUGGAGGCUCAUACCGGGAGCGAUAUGGGCCGGCGUUCUCCAUGGGCUGCUGCUUCGCGGCCGGAGCCCGGCCCCCGGGGAGUCCCGGUUGUUCAAGGCACCGCCGAGAGCCAUGGGUCCCUGGAGCAGACCUUCCCCUCGCUGGAUGCACGCUUGCCGGCUGCUCCCGCACGGUCGGUUCCCCGUCUGCGCUAUUCGGCAAACCAAGUGGUCACCUUCGAUGCGCGGGCGGUGCCGAUGGCCGCCGCUGGGUCACAUGCAUGGGCUUCGACUUCGGCGAGCUCAACUUCCGCCUCCUCGGCGGUGUCCUCCUCGGCCGAGCAAUCCCCGCGCAUGGUCUCCAACCGUCAAUUAUUCCCGAGCCUUCAGGAGGCGAUCAGUGGGGAGGGUCUGCCGGCGGGGUCCGGCCGGCGUGGCAGUGCAUCGAGGGCGGGCCCGCGCCCGGGGCAGCCUCGUCAGGCUCCUCGGAGUCGGAAAUCCCUGGAUGAUAUUAUGACCGAAGAUCGUGCUCAGCACGAACUCCGGCAGUUUUACAUCUCCACCAUGGAGGCCGGCUCGGGCGGGUAUUACUCGAUCACACAGCGGCCACCUGGGCAGGAGGAAGACUGACGUUCGGUGGGCGGCCAGACACAGCCGACGGCGGCUCAGAGCGGCCGAUGGCUGGCCCUGGAUUUGAUCCCGACUCCGUUGGUCCCCGCCCUGGCAAUCGAGAUCGGCAAUCGGGGUUCCCCACUUUCCCGUUCUUCUUCCCUCCCUUUCUGACAGGCGGCCAGUGGAUGGUCAGGAGUGUCGGGCCGCUGAAAUAGACUAGACACAGCAACCCCCUUCUCAGCGGGAACAACAGCAUAAAAGCCACCCGGGGGGAGGGGCUUGCUCACAUG